AUGAGUCCCCCGUCCGUCCUCCGCCUGGCCAUCCUCGAGUGCGACACGCCGCAGCCCCAGACGCGCUCCCAGUUCGGCGGCUACGCGGGCGUCUUCACGGCCCUCCUCUCGAGCGCAGCCAGGACGCUCGACCCGCCGCAGGACCUGUCCAGCCUGCUCACCAUCUCCGCCCACGACGUCGUCAACGACCUGCACUCCUACCCGGCCCUCGACGACGUCGACGCCCUCCUGCUCACCGGCUCGCGCCACACCGCCUUCGACAACGACCCGUGGAUCCUGAAACUCGUCGACUUCACCAAAAGGGCCCUCGAGACGGCCCGCAUCCGCGUCGUCGGCGCAUGCUUCGGCCACCAAAUCAUCGGCCGCGCAGUCGGCGCCGGCGUCGGCAAGAGCGAGAAAGGCUGGGAGGUGGCCGUCACGGACGUCGACCUGACGAGCAAGGGCAAGGAGAUAUUCGGUCUCGACACCCUGCGCAUCCACCAAAUGCACCGCGACGUUGUGCAAGACUUGCCCCCCGACGCCAUCCCCCUCGGCGGCAACGCCUUCUGCCCCGUCCAGGGAAUGUACCUCCCGGGCAGGUACCUCACCGUCCAGGGCCACCCCGAGUUCACGAACGAAAUCAUCUCCGAGAUUCUGUUUAACCGGCACACAGUGGGCAUCUUCACCGACGAGGUAUACGACGAUGCCAUGGAGAGGGCGCCCCUGCCGCACGACGGCGUUGCCAUUGGGAGAGCUUUUUUGAAGUUUAUACGCGAGGGCUGA